AUGGAUACUAUUCAAUUAUUAGAACAAUUAUCGAAUGAUGCACAAAAACAUAAAAUAAUUAAACGACAAGAUAGUUUAGUAGAUUCAUAUUCAUCGGAAUUAUUCAAUGACAAAAGUAUAUCAAGUUAUGAUGAAUUAAAAUAUCAACAACAAUCAUUAUUCGAUAAAGAAAUUAUUUCGAAAUCUAUUUCUUCAUCUCAUGAACUAAUUUCAUCUGUUGUUGUUGUUGUUGAUGAAAUUCAACCAAACAAAGCAUUUGAAAAUAUAACACGUAUUGUUGAAUCAAUCGCUAAUAAAGAAUAUAUCGAAGAAAUGACAAUUGUGACUAAUGCUAUUGAUAUAUUUCAAAGGAAAUUUUCUCGAAAUGAUAUUACAUUUUUAUUUAGCGAAUGCAUCACAAUAAAUAAGCCUCUCACGAAGGAACCGUUCUAA